AUGGACAAAGUUUUCUAUCGACUAGAACAAGACACUCAGUUCAAGUCAAAGUACUUCCAUCAUGACUUUGGAGAAGUUAUGAAGAGGAAAAAGACAUUCUGGAAUUGUUUGUUUCCAUUUUCCUGGACGAUGGAUGGAGAGACUUUACCUUCCACAAUGUUACCUACGCUGAAUGCAUCCUAUGGCCCCUCAAUGACACUGGAACAAAAGACCACAUUUGCCUUUGUCAUUUUACUAUUUAUCAUUUUGGGUGUCCUCAUUGUCAGGUGUUUCAGGAUCCUUCUUGACCCAUACAGGAGUAUGCCAACUUCUACCUGGGCAGAUGGAGUAGAUGGACUUGAAAAAGGGCAGUUUGACUAUGCGCUUGCAUAG